UUGCUCCCCUUCCCCCUUUCUUUCUUUCGGUCGGCCCCAUUUACUCCUCCUUCUUAAACCCUAUCAUAAUACAUACACACGCAUCUCACCACUCAACAUAAGAUAUUAUUACUAUGAAGAUUCAGUGCAACGUCUGUGAGGCGGCCGAGGCGGUGCUGCUCUGCUGCGCCGAUGAGGCGGCCUUGUGUUUGUUGUGUGAUAAGCACGUGCAUGCUGCUAACAAGCUUGCUAGUAAGCAUCAGAGAGUGUUGAUUCAAAACUCAAAUUCGAAGCUGCCCAAGUGUGAUAUUUGUCAGGAAGCAGCUGGCUACUUCUUUUGUCUUGAAGACAGGGCUUUACUGUGCAGAAAAUGCGACGUUUCCAUACAUACACUUAAUUCUUUAGUUUCGUCACAUCAGAGGUUUCUGCUUACAGGCGCCAAAGUAGGUCUCGAAGCUGUUGAUCCCGAAGCAGAAAGAUCGCGCUCUGUGCUGUCAAAGACGGUUCAAAUGCCAGCAACGAGUCAAUCCAACAAAAAUAUGCCUGUUCAAGCUGCAGGAGCUGGCGAUUUCGUACCUUCUAAGAUGCCAUUUUCCGGAGGUUCUUCUGCUGACAGUGUUCAACAAUGGCAGUUUGAUGACUUUCAAGCAUUGACAGGUUUCAAUCAGGAUUAUAACUACUUGACCAAUGGUUCAUCGAAGGCUGAUAGUGGGAAGCUAGCCGAGUCAGACGGGUCACCGAUUCUAGGAGCGAUGGGUCAGGUCCCUGACGCAUCUUGGGCUGUCCCGGAGAUGUCUUCCCCGCCUAAUGCUUUGCAGGAUCUCAGCUGGUCAAAAAACCGUCACCGGUUAGGUUAUAAUACUUUUGUCCCAGAUGUUUGCUACUUGCCAACGUCAAAUCUCUAUGGUUCUCAUCAAAAAUACCAGUACUUUUAAAAGGAGACGGAAUUUCUAAUGCGGGUUAUCACAUUAGUGUCAUGAGGUGAAGAAGGUGUUUUCGAGCCCUGAUGUCACCUUUCGAGUGUGUAGUUUACAAGUGUAUACCUCAAGUUGAGGAAGUGUAGUAGUGUGUUGUGAGUUGAGGAAGUGUAGUAGUGUGAUGUCACCUUUCGAGUGUGUAGUUUACAAAUGUAAAGAAGAAUAACUUACAAAAGGGACACAUUUUUUUAUAAUAAAUUUGAUUUGGGUUUUAUGUUCAA